AUGUCCGCCAAAAAUGUGCAGAACAAGAGGGCCUCGCCCGCGGUAAACCUGAUCGCGGGUGGUGGUGCCGGUAUGAUGGAGGCUCUCGUGUGUCACCCUCUGGAUACGAUUAAGGUCCGAAUGCAGCUCUCCCGGAGAGCGACUGCCCCCGGACUUGGGGUGGAACAGGUGAAGGCCCGUGGGUUCGUCGCUACAGGUGCAGAGAUCGUGCGCAAGGAGACAGCCCUGGGUCUAUACAAGGGUUUGGGUGCCGUGCUGGGAGGUAUCAUCCCCAAGAUGGCCAUCCGGUUCACCUCCUACGAGUCGUACAAGGCUGCUCUCGCCGAUAAGGAGACUGGCAAUGUCACCAGCAAGGCCACGUUCCUGGCUGGUCUCGCCGCCGGUGUGACCGAAGCCGUUGCCGUCGUCAACCCCAUGGAGGUGGUCAAGAUUCGUCUCCAAGCCCAACACCACAGUCUGGCCGAUCCCCUCGAUGCCCCCAAAUACCGCAGCGCUCCCCAUGCCCUCUUCACCAUCAUCCGCGAGGAAGGGUUCAGCGUGCUGUACCGCGGCGUGUCCCUCACAGCUCUGCGACAAGGAACCAACCAGGCGGCCAACUUCACCGCAUACACUGAGCUCAAGGCCGCGCUCCAGCGGGCCCAGCCCGAGUUCGCCGACGCUCAGCUGCCCUCAUACCAAACCACCCUCAUCGGUCUCAUCUCCGGCGCUGUCGGCCCCUUCUCCAACGCCCCGAUCGACACCAUCAAGACCCGCCUCCAAAGGACCCGCGCUGAGCCCGGCCAGUCGGCCGUGACUCGCAUCGUGGUGAUUGCCAAGGACAUGUGGAAGACUGAGGGCACCCGCGCCUUCUACAAGGGUAUUACCCCCCGUGUGAUGCGUGUGGCGCCCGGUCAGGCCGUCACGUUCACCGUGUACGAGUUCCUUAAGGGCAAGCUGGAGAAGUCCAACUGGGCCUUCGUGGGUGGUUCAUUUGGGGAGUAA